AUGGCGCCAGGAGCACUACUCGUCACCGGUGAGAAUGGCCGAACAACGCCUCUAUACGAUUCCGAUGCGUCUGCACCUGCGGUUCAGGCGCCUAAUCACCAAGUCGAGUAUAGAGGCUACGACCAUGUAACGUGGUGGGUCGGCAACGCCAAGCAGGUGGCUCAAUACUAUACGACUCGAAUGGGCUUUCAGCCUGUUGCAUACAAAGGUCUAGAGACAGGCUCAAGAUUCAUCGCCAGCCAUGUCGUGCAAAACAACGGUGUCCGUUUCGUUUUUACAUCACCCGUACGAUCUUCAAGUCGGCAGACCCUCAAGGAAGCACCCGCGGAAGACCAAAAGAUCCUGGAUGAGAUCUACGAUCACCUCGACAAGCACGGCGAUGGCGUGAAAGAUGUCGCCUUCGAAGUCGACGAUGUCCGUGCCGUGUACGAGAACGCCAUCGCCAACGGAGCAGAAUCCGUCGCAUCGCCACACACCGACAGCUCAAAGGAAGGCGACAUCCUCUCAGCAUCAAUAAAGACCUACGGAGACACUACCCACACAUUCAUCGAACGAAACUCAUACUCCGGACCGUUCCUCCCCGGCUACCGCGCCGUCACCAACCCGGACCCCGUCAACGCCUACCUCCCCUCCAUCAACCUGGAAGCGGUCGACCACUGCGUCGGCAACCAAGACUGGGAUGAAAUGAACGACGCCUGCGACUUCUACGAGCGCUGUCUGGGGUUCCACCGCUUCUGGAGCGUCGACGACAAGGACAUCUGCACGGAUUUCUCCGCGCUGAAAUCCAUCGUCAUGAGCUCCCCGAAUGAGGUCGUCAAGAUGCCCAUCAACGAGCCUGCGACGGGCAAGAAGAAGUCGCAGAUUGAGGAGUAUGUCGAUUUCUAUAAUGGUCCUGGCGUGCAGCAUAUCGCUCUUCGAACACCGAAUAUCAUCGAAGCGGUUUCGAAUUUGCGCGCGAGAGGCGUGGAGUUUAUCAGUGUGCCGGAGACGUACUACGAGAAUAUGCGGUUGCGUCUGAAGCAAGCUGGGAUGAAGCUCAACGAGUCCUUCGAGACGAUUCAGAGUCUGAACAUCUUGAUCGACUUUGACGAGGGAGGGUACCUUUUGCAGCUCUUCACGAAGCCGCUCAUGGACCGCCCGACGGUAUUCAUUGAGAUCAUCCAGAGGAACAACUUCGAUGGAUUCGGAGCGGGGAAUUUCAAGAGUUUGUUUGAGGCGAUUGAGAGGGAGCAGGACUUGAGGGGGAAUUUGUAG